AUGCAGAAUAGUUUCAUUGAUGGUCAUAUUCGACAUGAAUUUCGAUCUAUUUUAAAUAUUCUUAUUCAUUUUUCAUUUUCAAUUACACAAUUAGUAAGUGUAUUUGCUAUAUUAGGUUUACAAAUAGCAUUAACUGUUACUCAAACAUGUGCAUAUCAGUUUGGUAUUGGUUUUUGGUCAUUUCCUUUCUUAAUUAUUUCUCCGUUAAGUAUUUGGUUGGUUAUUUGGCGACGUAGUUUAGCGAGUUGUCUUAUUGCUAUGAUUAUUCAUUUUUGUUCAACUCUUUUUGCAACAGCUAUAAUUAUUCUUAGUUUUCUUGUGCUAAUUGGUCAAAUUGGAUUUACAUGUUCUACAUCUUCGUUAAAUUCAUAUUAUGUUGUACUAAAUAGUUCAUUAAUUGGUAUUAGUGGUUUCUUUAAAUUGUUUAAUUAUGGUGAAAUUAUUUUACUUUAUAUGCUUAUUCGAAAUCAUGAUAAAAUAUCAACAACACAUAUUAAUGAAUUUUUUCGAAGAGAUUAUCCAUUUACGUCAGAUCCUGUCUGUGUCAAUACAUGGCGUUCAUGGUCAGAAGUUAAUAGUGAAACUCGCAGUAACUCAGAUGUUUUAUUUGUUUGA